AUGAAACACCAUAAUCAAGAACUUGCACGCAAUCAUCAAUUUUGGCCCUUUUUGAUUCUUGACCAAAAUAAGCAUUGGGUAAUAGUCUUUUCUUUAAGUUCUGAAGGACUAUUUGUUCUGUCAAUGUUUAGUUUCCCUAGUACCCGAAUGACAUUGGAAAUUUGUCGGGAAAAUUCUUCUCGUUCACCAAAUUCUUUCAUAAUCUUUAGAACAUUCUUUUCUCGAUCGCUUAACAUCCCAACAAUCUCUUCGUUUGAUGUGGGCAAGAUUAGUGUUCUUGCCCAAUCUGUCUGGAAUGUGGCUUCAGAAAAGAUGAAAAAUGCAUUCUCUCAAUUAUCAAAAAAUGCCGCAAAUUAUCUUCGUGCAAUUCGUGCACCUUCUUUCAUAAACCACAAACCAAGCAAACACUUUUCAACUUCCAAAAUCAAUGAUUCUACAUUUGAAAGAAAUGAAUCGCCACCUUCAAAAGAAAGAAAUUUGCAUCCACUAAGCUUCGAAAUUAUGACAGCAAAAGAUUUUAGAACAGAUGAGCCAAAAAUGGAUUCAAUAGAUUUUCAAUUUAAUGAUGAUAUGAUACCGUUUUUGUUCAACGAAUCCAAUUUUUAUUUCUUCGAUUUAUAUUCACUUGAGCAAAUGACAUAUUAUACCUCACCACCGAGCCAUCCACCUGGAGAAAUUUUUGCGCAAGGAUAUCCGUUGGAAAUAUCAGCUGAUACGACUUCAUUUUUUGAAGGUAACCAAAAUCAAGAAUCUUAUUCUAAACCCGAACCAAAAGAAACUAUUAUUAAGUUUGACGACACAGCGGAUUAUGAAAACUUUUUUGGUUAUUUUAGUGAGGAAGAUAAAGUUGGCUUGCAAUUUACAAACCGCGAUUCCAUUUUUUUUUGA